AUGGACUUUGGAGUUCCCCAAGACCGUCAGAGAGUCUACAUUUUGGGCGCCAAGAGGUCCUCAAAGAAGGGUAUCACCAACCCACCACUGAGCAUGCCCAAAUGCAAAGGUAGCAAGCCUAGUCUUUCAACUUUGCUUUUGAAGAACGUCGGGGCCAAGCAAAAGAAAAAGAUGAAGAUGGGGAAAACGGCCAUGAAGAACCUGAAAGCUGCCAGGGUGAAGUUCGAGGAGGAUUACGCCCGUUCCUCCAAGCCAGUGAUUGUAGAUUUGGCGGCAGGCCAAAAUUUCGCCCGAGUUUGUCAUGACUUCGUGCCAACAUUGUUGGCUGGUCGCUGUGCAAGCAGACUCAAGCAAACCGAUGGCGUGAACCUGGAACAUUUUGCAAAGGUCCAAGAAGCAUAUGACACGCACGCUGAGUUUGCCGGCCUGGUUCAGGGAUCACAGCCCAAGUCCUUAGCGGAAGGGUCCCCCGCAGCUCCGUUGGAUGUGACCGUUUUGGCCGGCCGUUCUGCACAAUUUGCUGCACAAGACCAAGAUGCUGGUGACGGUGCUUCGAGGGACAUCAUUUUUGGGUGCAUCCCCAUCAUUGACACUGCAGUGAAAUAUUUGCAGAACGGCCGUUUUGCAGAACCCAAGUGUGCAGAGCGUCUGGUGGUCUAUGCUGACCCUGCGAUCCUGAAGAACCAGCAAGGCCAAAUCCCAGAACGCACGUUGAAGAGGCUCUCCCCUGAGGAAGAGCAUCACGCGAUGAUUCUCGCAACGGCCAGAGAUUUGAGUGCGGGUUGCAACAUCCAAAAAUGGGCACAGGCUUGGUUGACUCAGCCAGUUGUGUUCCGUUGCGUCCGGAGGCUUUCGGCCUUGUCGGCAGCUAUCUCAGACGACCUGACUGCCGCCUUGUUCUUUGAGGUUCAGAGGGUGUAUCAGAUCGGACUCCUGGCCCAGUCAAUGAAGAACCAAAGCAGCAGAACGAACCACAAGGAGGUGCAUGCAGCCUUCCAUGCAAACUUGCGAGUCUCAAGUGGCGAGUCGAUCAAUCCGACAUUCGUCCGCGUGGCCCUCACAAUGUGGAAAGUGCUCCAGCACAAGGCUGUUCGCAAUGCGUUGCUUCUCGGAGACGAGCUGUUCGGAAAGAACAACCCUCUCAGCAACUCCUUGUACAAACUUGAAGCACUGAUGCAGGCUUCUGGCAGUGACCCCGUCCGUUUCGAAAGCAUGUUGGUUUUCUUCUUCGACUUAGUCUUGAAUGGCGAUAUCCAGCCCUGGGAGUGCUCAUGGGCCCCCCUCACGGGGAAGAAGCAACCGCAUAACAAGGGGAACCUUCGCUGUCGCUUCAAGAUUGUAUUUUUCAAACCUGAUGAUCGAUUGUCUUUUUGGGGAUGGGCGUGA